AUGGCGGUCUCCGAACAAAUCCCCGGGCAGGAGUUAGAAUAUGACUACGAGGCCCUCCCGUCUAACUACGGCCUCGGCCGGAAUAUGCUGGCUGGUGCCUUCGCAGGGAUAGCGGAACAUGCUGUCAUGUAUCCGGUGGACUUGUUGAAGACUCGCAUGCAAAUCCUGCAUCCUGCGAACGGCGGACUUUACACCGGUCUCACUAACGCAUUUUCCACAAUCUACCGAAUUGAGGGCUGGCGGACAUUAUGGAAGGGUGUUUCCAGUGUUAUUGUUGGUGCUGGCCCCGCCCACGCUGUCUACUUUGGCACAUAUGAAAUUGUAAAGGAUCUUGCCGGUGGCAAUGUCGAUGACGGUCACCAUCCCCUAGCUGCAGCUAUGAGUGGUGCCUCGGCGACCAUUGCCAGUGACGCUUUGAUGAACCCCUUUGAUGUGAUUAAGCAACGGAUGCAAGUUCAUGGCUCGGUACACAAGACCAUCCUUCAAUGCGCCCGGUCUGUCUACCGAACGGAAGGUCUGCAGGCUUUCUACGUUUCCUACCCUACCACACUUUGCAUGACAGUCCCCUUCACUGCUACACAGUUCGUCGCCUAUGAGUCCAUUUCUAAGGUUAUGAACCCCUCCGGGGAUUACGACCCGUUCACCCACUGCAUUGCGGGUGGUCUCGCAGGCGCUUUCGCAGCUGGUCUCACAACACCACUCGACGUGGUCAAGACGCUCCUCCAGACCCGCGGUUUGGCACAGAACGAGGAAAUUCGGUCGGCGAAGGGUCUUUUCAACGCCGCGGCCAUUAUCAAGCGGCAGUUCGGUUGGAGUGGUUUCCUGCGUGGCGCUCGUCCUCGCAUCAUUUCUACGAUGCCCAGCACAGCCAUUUGCUGGACCUCUUAUGAGAUGGCCAAGGCGUACUUCAAGCGCCAGGAGCUCAUCUAA